GUUUCCCUGCUAUAUAAAUGGACUUAGUUUAUAUCCUUCUAUCAUAUACAAGUCACAUUCUGCUGUUGUUGGAGAUAUUCUAUCCUUGUCUGUAUCCCGUAGAAAGCAUCUUGUUGGAAGAAUGUUUUCCAAAGGGCAGUUUAAUCAGAAUGGAAGUCAAGCUGUGCAGAACCAGCCAUUGGCUGGAGGAUCAGUAUCUCCCUGGGCUCCUGUUCCUGACCCUGACCCUGCAGUUUCUCAAGGACUGGAAUACUUAAAUCAGGUGUCCCAACUUUUAAUUCAAAGAAAAAUUAAAUUCAUGCAAGCUUACAGAAGUCCUGCACCUUUCAUCAUUACAACUGCUAACAGACAACAAAUCUUUUCUACACCACAAGAAGACUGUUGUGCAAACUGGUUUCGAUGUUACUUUAAUUCAUAUACUGUGCCAGUUCUUGAUAAUGCUCACAAUGAAGUCCUACAAAUACACAGACCUUUAGACUUUUCUUAUGGGAUAUUUCAGUGUUGCCAGAAAAAAGUGGAAGUGCGGACUGCUACUGGAGAGAUUAUUGCCUACAUAUAUCAAAAAUUACACUGUUGUGCAGCAAUAUUCAUAAUUCAAGAUGCAAAUGAAGAAAAUAUGCUAAAAAUAUCUAGCAAUAUCUGUCACUUCACGUGUACUUCAAGGACUUUCAAGAUAGAGUCUAUUGCUGAAAGCAGUCAAGUAGGAAAACUUACUAUGUACCUAUCUGGAUCUCUUUUCUCGUCUGGUUCCUUAAAUUUUGAACUUUUGGUUCCCUUGGAAUUGGACAUGAAAAUGAAGGCAGCGUUGCUCUGUACUUGCAUUAUUUUAGGGAGAAUGCAGUUUAGAGAAUAAAAUGGAAGCUCGGCUAUUCUGGUCAAAUCAACCAUGCUGUACUGAUACAUGCAUGCGUCUUGCAUGCUGGGAAUUCUUAUAAUAUUGUCAAAGCUAAAUUGAACAAGCUGAUUGGGUGGGAAAAGGGAGUAGCCGCUCCAGGUGGGAACCCAGAUGAAUAUCCUCCGUUGCAGACAACUCAGGUGCAGGCAAUGCA